UGGAACCCGUCACAUAACCUCAAUUUGUAAUACUAUUUUAAAGGUUAUAAUUUUUUAUUUAAAUAACUAUACGAAGUUUGAAACAAAAAUGGAACACGCUUUAAAUGAUCUACUAAAAUUUGUGCAAAUCGGCGCAAGACUCGAUUUAAAGGCGUUGGCGGUUGAACAUGUUUUAGGUCUCACCGGAACUCCAGAAGGCCUCGAAGCUAUUUGCAAUAAUCCCGCGCUUCUCGUUUCUCUUAUAAGCUUAUUAGAUGACACUAGCAUUCCAAUCGCAAAAGAUGCGAGUCUUUGCUUGGUUAAUAUAGCGGCCCAAGAGAAAGGUGCUAACGAAUUAAUAAAAGUCGAUUUAGAGCAAUCCUGUCCGCCUUUGCAAAGACCUCCAGAGGAUAUAGUGAGGCAAUGUCUCACCCAUAUAUUUAAUAAAGACAGUAAACUAGCAGACCAGUGUUGCAUGAUCCUGUCGAACCUAAGCCGGCCUUCACAUCUUAUUGAAGAAAUUAUUAACGUGAUUGAGAAAUCUGGUAAAAGCUUCGAUGAGUUAAUAGAGGUUUUUACCAGAAUUGAAUUUAAUAAGAACGCGCGGUUUCAUUAUUUGGGUCCUGUUUUAUCAAACUUGUCCCAAAGUCAAAGAGUCAGGCGGUAUAUUUUGGAUAAAGAAAAGUGUGUUAUACAACGACUGUUGCCGUUUACCGAUUAUAAAGACUCCUUGAUAAGAAGAGGGGGAAUAGUAGGAACAUUAAAAAACUGCUGCUUCGAGAGUGAGUUUCAUGAUUGGCUUUUAAGUGACGAUGUUGAUAUAUUGCCGCGUUUGUUGCUUCCGUUGGCGGGACCAGAAGAAUUUGAUGACGCAGACACUGACAAAUUGCCUUUGGAUCUUCAAUAUCUUCCUGAAGACAAGCUGAGGGAAGAUGAUCCUGAUAUAAGGACCAUUUUGUUGGAAGCCUUAACACAACUCUGCAGCAAAAAAGUUAACAGAGAAUUGAUACGCAGUAAAAAUACCUACUUAAUAUUGAGAGAGCUGCAUAAAUGGGAGACUGACAAAAAAGCUUUACUAGCAUGUGAAAAUUUAGUUGAUAUUUUGAUAAGGACAGAAGAUGAAAUCAUGGAAGACAAUUUAAAAGAACUACAGGUCCCAAAUGAUCUGGCAACAAAGUUUGACAAAUUUAAUAGUGAACUCUAAGCCGAGUAACCUGUUAUUUUUAUAAAUGCUAGUUUUAUCAAUUAAAACAACAAACAUAUAUGAAAAGU